CUGCAAUCUGCUUCACAUGUUUAUUUAAAUUGACGGCUAUUUCCGUUCAUCCGCUCGCCUGUCCGUCAUUCACGCUGCUUUCGUUCAUCUCUCACGGUGACUGGAGAGAGCAUCAUGGUCCUCAAGACGUUAUUAGCCCUGGGUCUUCUCGCCCUGCAGGCCUGUGCCAUCCCCACCGCCUCAACAACAGACUCAGACUCCAGCUCUGCUGUCGCAGCAGCCGCAGCCCAGAUCUCACACUUGGCCAGCCAUGCCUACAACGAGACGAUCGCCAACCUGCCCAGCUCGGGGCCCUGCACGCGAGAGACCCUGCGCAUCCGCCGCAACUGGCGGGCCUUCUCCACGCCCGAGAAGAAAGCCUACAUCGACUCGGUGCUGUGUCUGCAGAGUCGGCCCGCGCGCACGCCCUCCGAGCUGGCCCCCGGGGCGAAGACGCGGUAUGAUGACUUUGUGGCGACACAUAUCAAUCAGACCUUGGAGAUUCACUACACGGGCACCUUCCUGGCGUGGCACCGCUACUUCAUCUACCGGUUCGAGCAAUCCCUCCGCGAAGAAUGCGGAUACACGGGCGAUUACCCAUACUGGGACUGGGGCGCCGACGCCUCCUCGAUGGAAACGUCCCCGGUGUUCGACGGCACGGCAACGUCGAUGUCGGGCAACGGGGCGCCGAUCGCCAACGAGCCCCCGAUCUCGCUCUUCCUGGGUAACUACCCAGCGAUUGUCCUCCCCGCAGGCACCGGCGGGGGCUGCGUCACCAGCGGGCCCUUCCGGAACUACACCCUCAACCUGGGGCCGGCGGCGCUGUCCCUCCCGGGGGCCAACAGCACCUUCAGCGCCGCCAACCCGCUGGCCCACAACCCGCGCUGUCUGAAGCGCGACCUCACCACCGCCAUCCUCUCGCGGUACAACACCUACCCGCAGAUCCUCUCCCUGAUCACCGACAGCCCCGACGUCUGGACCUUCGAGAUGACCAUGCAGGGCGUCCCCGGCAGCGGGUCCAUCGGCGUCCACGGCGGCGGGCAUUACGCCAUGGGCGGGGAUCCGGGGCGAGACGUGUUCGUCAGUCCCGGCGACGUGGCGUUCUGGCAUCACCAUGGCAUGAUCGAUCGGGUGUGGUGGAUCUGGCAGAGUUUGGAUCGCCAGAGCAGGGAGAAGGAGAUCUCGGGGACGGGCACGUUUAUGAAUGAGCCGCCGUCGGCGAAUACCACGUUGGAGUCGGUGGUAGACGUGGGGUAUGUGAGAGCGGGGGAGACGAGGAGGAUGAGCGAGUUGAUGAGUACCUCGGGGGGGUUGUUUUGUUAUGCUUAUUUGUAG